AUGCCCGGUUUAAGCAUGGCGGCAAGGGUAUAUUUGUUAUGUGACUUUUUGUGAUGAUAAUAUGUUAACUCUUGAUGAUAAGAAUUCCAUACUUGGAAAAUUAUGUAGUAGAAGCAUAAUCUUAAACCGUGAGUAUAAAGAUGUGAGUGGCGUUAUCCACAGAACUCCAAUCGUCCGAUAAACAAAAGACCAAGACGGUUCCAUGAUAUCCAAGCUAUGGCGUCGCACGACAGUCACAACAAGAGAACUAACGAGGAGGAAAAUGAAGUUUUUUAUCGAAAAGAAUCAUCUUACGACUCAUUACCAAACAGUUCUACGUGCCCUUUAUGUUUGUCAACAUAUACCACGUGCACUUGUAAUGUGACUAGUAAUACAUUUGGAGAUAGCAUCUUCAACAGCACAGACGGUACUUCAACAGAUGGUAAUUUUGAACAUGUAAAAAAUUGCCAUAACACUCCUAUGUAUGAUGAGAAGACACUGGAAGAGUUGGAGAGGAUGUGCAAAUCCAGCAAUAAUUUCUUCUUGGACAUCCAGAAAUCAACUCCAGAAUAUGACUCCAAAUCAUUUACUCCCAAUGAAUCCAUGAAAUCUGAGAUGAAAACAAACUUCAAUGGUGAUAAGUUAAACAUUCUAUCAAAUUCUAAGGAACCAGUUAAAGAAAGUGAUGGUGAAACUAAAUUAGAGUGUAUUGAAAGGACAGGUGAUAAUUGUGAUGAUAAAAAUGCUAACUUUGGUGAUGCACAGCAUAAUAUGAAUGAACCUGACCCUAACAUUGCUCCACACCCUGGUUACACUUCUGAAUGUUCACAAACUCCUGCAGAUAACAAUUUAUCAACUUGUCCUUCUAAAUCUGGCUGUGAUUCUACUUGCAAUAUAGGUGCUGUGAAGAGUCAAAUUGAUAGUCCUAGUGAUUUUGAAAACCAAAAGUUAUCACCAGACUGUGGUCUCCAGAAUAUUAAUAAUAACAGUAUAAUAACACCCAGUCUUGAAACAUUCUCCACUAAUGUAAAUGAUACUAAAAAGCAGAAGAUUUGUUCUCAUUUAGUGGAGCAGUUGGAUUAUAAUCUACUGAAAGGUAAAAAAGGCAUUGAGCUAUUGACAGCCAUUGAGGAACAAUCCAAUGUCAAGUUGAGAUAUCUAGAACAACAUACAUCUAGCUCUACAGAAUCAGGCACAGCUAGUUCUAAGGAAAAAGUGUGUUCUCCAAGAAAAGGUAGAACUAGAUCAGUGGAUGUGGUGGCAAAUACAUCUAAGGGAGUAAAAAGAGCCCAUUCUGCAGACACAAGUGAUGCAGAAGCUAAGAUUCCAAAAAUUGACUUCAAAUUAUAUAAAAAAGAUAAAAAACCUAUAUUGACAUCAUCUUCUUCCUCCAAUAAAAGUCAUAAGCAUAAAGAUGAUAGAAGGCACAGACAUGAUUCAAAAAGUAAAAAUGAUAGUAAGAGUAAUUCAAAGAAAUCAUCACAUUCUAGCAGCUCCUCCAAAGACAGACAUUCAUACCGAAGUGAUGCUAAACCAAGGCUUUUGACCAAUGGAAAUUAUAGUUACCCACCUGAAAAUAAAUCAUUUAAGUACCGAAAGUAUUUUCACAUAGAAACUCAUACUAAUGGGGGUGCAAAAAUCCUAAGAAUGUAUAAUGAUGAAAUAAAGCACUUGAGUUCAAAUGAAGUGAAAGAUCUUGCCAAAGAAUUUUUCAAGCUUGCUUUCCAUGAAGACAAAGAAGGUCAUGCUACAUUUGUAUUAGCAGUUGUGCAUGGUUCUGCUUCUUACUUGCCAGAUAUCCUAACAUAUAUGGCCGAUAAUUAUCCUAACCUAACAGUUAAGAAUGGUUUGCUGAGUAAGAGUUCUGAUAUAGAAACCACAACCAUGGCAGCUUACAAUGAGAAUGUCUGCAAAACUUAUGAAGCUGGUACUGUGAGGUAUGGGCCUUUACAUCAGAUAAGCAUAGUAGGGACUGCUCAUGAAGAAGUGGGUGGCUUCUUUCCUGAUAUAUUAGAGAUGCUUGAGGAGAGUCCUUUUCUGCAUUUGACUAUGCCUUGGGGGGCACUAUCUAUAUGUGACCAAAUGAGGCCAAGUGAAAGCAACGAUGGACCUAUAAUUUGGUGCAGACCUGGGGAACAACUGGUCCCCACUGCUGAUCUGAAAACUCCACUCAAAAGAAAACGAACUGGCAUCAAUGAGCUGAGGAAUCUCCAGUAUCUGCCAAGAAUGUCAGAGGCUAGGGAGCAUUUAUUUGAAGACAGAACUAAGGCUCACGCUGAUCACGUUGGGGCUGGUCUCGAUAGAAAGACCACCGCUGCUGUGGGUAUAUUGAAAGCCAUACAUGGGGGAAGGAAUGAGGGACCGAUCAAUAGGAUAACAAAAGAUGUAGUAGCAUUUUCUGCUAAGCACUUUGAUGUUUUAGCAGAGAAACUACAGUUGGAUCUACAUGAACCUCCUAUCUCACAGUGUGUCCAAUGGAUAGAAGAUGCUAAACUAAACCAACUGAGACGGGACGGUAUUGAGUAUGCAAGAGUUAGUCUAUAUGACAAUGACAUCUAUUUUUUACCAAGGAAUAUUAUUCAUCAAUUUCGUACUGUGACUGGUGUUACCAGUAUUGCCUGGCAUGUUAGAUUGAGGCAAUAUUACAAUUUUGAGGAAACUAACUCACAAGACAAGAAAACCGCUCACUCUAGUAAAACUUCAGAGAAAACUCCUAUUAAACCACACCAAAAGACACCUCUCAAGUCUUCUAAUUAUAAUGAGGAUAAACCUCCAUUAAAAAUGAAAUUCAAACUGGACUUUGGCAAAUAUGUUGCACCAGAAAAUAUAAAAGUUGAGCAGGAUAAAUAUAAAUAUCCUGAAAAGGAUCAUGCUGAAGAUAGGGAUAAAAGUAAAUCAAAACAUAAAGAAAAACAUAGAGAGAGAUCGAGAAGUGAUAAAGAUCGUCAUAGCCACCAUCACAAAGACAAGCACAGAGAUAAAGAUAAGGACAAAGAAAAAAGCAGACAUCACAACUCCCAUAGACAUUACAGAGACAGGAACAAAGACGGUGAUAAAAAACAAAGUAUUGCACACAAAGAUAAACACCGUCAUAGUACCAAGUUGAACAUUUCGAGUACCGAUAGCGGCACUACGAAGUCUUCUGGUAGCAACAGCACUUCUACAAUGCCUUUGUCAGUUCAUUCAUCAUCUGAAAUCACUACAUCGUCUGUUGGCACAAUAGAAUCACCUUCUAAAAGUGUAGUGAGUGAUACGGUGAACACGUCUCCUAUUAAACAGCCGUCGGAAGUGAGUCCUGUUAAAAAACAUAGACCUCUUAAGAUCAAAAUACAGAAAGUGCAGAAACCACAAUCAACAGAUUUCCUUGGCGAUAUCCUGAAGGAUAUGAAUAAAUGUGAUCCACACAUUUAAUAUUAGGCAACAGAUCGAGUUGGAAGUGAUAGAUGAAUAUUUCUGAUAAUCCAGCUAUCACUUCUUGUUCGAACUGUUGAGAUGCCUGUUCUACUUUGUACAUAUUAUGCUAGAUGUCUGUUGAUUUUGGUAUAUAAUUCGAUCAAGGUUUAGUGCAUUGAGUGUCCCAUCCGAAUUUCUCUAGUAAUUUCAGGGAGACAUUUUUAUGAACAAAGAUAGGUUGGCUCAAGGGGCAGUAAAAGAACUGUGGUACCUUUAGCUAUUCCAAACACACAUCACAAAAUUAUUGAUAAAUAUUUGAAUACGUUUUCCAGCCUGAGUUGCCAUCUUCAGGAGACCUGAAAAGUGAAUUUACGUGACCUAUAUUUUCCUGGAUAUUCUUUAACAACCACCAUCAAGAGACUCAAGAGUGCAAUACAAAAAAUGCACACUUCUUGUCAAUAAACGUACAACUUCAACAAUAUAUUGUGAUAACUUCC